GGGACAGGAUGGCCAAGGCGAUGCAGGGCAGCAGCAGCAGCCGCCUGCCGCUGGUCUUCCUCGCGCUCAUCGUCAUCGGCCUCGGCAACAAGAUCUUCCAGAAGCUCCAGACGAUCCCGAUGCACAACUACCCCAACUUUAUCAACCUCCUCUGCACCUUUGUCUACAUUCCGCUCAGCUUUGCGUACAUCAUCCCAAUGAUCAAGUACGGCAGUGCCAUCACAUGGGAUCAACAGCACAUCCCGAAGCGCAAGUUUGCCAUCAUGGGCGCCCUCGACAGCGUUGCCGGUAUCUUGCAGAUCUUUGCCGCGACGUACCUCGGCGGCUCGCUGCUCAUCUUGCUCGGACAGGCCGCGAUUCCGGUCUCGAUGGUCAUCUCCAAGUUCCUCCUCAAGACGUCGUACUCCAAAUUCCAGUACUUGGGUGCGCUCAUCGUCACGGCCGGGCUUCUCGUCGUCUUGGGGCCGUCCAUGAAGGCGUCGUCGGGUGGCGAGCACACAGUCAUCUGGGCGGCCGUCAUGAUUGCAAGCUGCAUCCCCAUGUGUCUCUCGAGCGUCUACAAGGAGAUUGCUCUCGGUGAGGCCGAGCUUGACGUCGUGUACCUCAACGGGUGGGUCGCGGUCUUCCAGUUCCUUCUCUCGAUCCCGCUGGCGUUCCCCGCCGCCUCGAUCAGCAGUCCGCCCGUCGCGCCGUCCGACCUUCUCCAGAACCUCUAUGACGGUAUGAAGUGCUACCUCGGUGAGAACACGAUCGUGGGCACGGCCCACCCAGACGACUGCGAGAAGGCGACGCUCUACGUGACCAUCUACAUGCUUUUCAACGUGCUCUACAACAUUCUCAUCAUUCUCAUGCUCAAGUUUGGCUCGGCCAACAUCCUCUGGCUUGCGAUGACCAUCAUGGUCCCGCUUGGCAACGUUGCGUUCACGUUUUCGUUCAUGCCCGAGCACCAGCCAUUGCACACGACCGACAUCCUUGGCCUCGUGAUCAUCAUGGUCGGCCUCUUUGUCUACCGCUUCCUCGGCGACCUCCUCGAGGCCCGGACGCGGGCACGGGCGCCGUCGGAUCUCAAGGAGUCGCUCAUGUCGGACUUUUAAUACACGUGCAAUAUGACCAUAUCUGCCGUGCGAAUGGA